GGUAGGAGGCAGACAGACAGAGAAGAAGCUACUAUAGCUUAGCCUCCUUUUACCUGCUCAGCAUUGAAAUACGUAGGCUUUCCACUACAGCUGUAAUGGUCUGACCAAACCUCCAACAUCUCCUAACCCUGCAAGAGGAGGUAAACGGUAUUUUCUGAACGACGGAGCAGCCAGCGAGCCACCGACCGUAGGAAGAAUGUCCAGCCGUCUGGCCUUUCAGACCCAGCUGGCCUCCAUCAUGGAGGUCCUCGCUAAUGCAGCUGUGGCGGAGAUCUGUAAGCUGGUGGACGACGACUAUGCGGUGGUGAGUUUGCAGAUGUCGCAGUGCCAGAGAGAGAACAAAGCCCUGAAGAGAAAGCUGCAUCUGCUGGAGCUGAAGAUGGCCCGGGGAAACGCCGAGAGGAGGCUCAGAGAGAGCGCCAUGAACAGCAGCCGAUCGAGGGUGCAGAUCAACACCAGCGACAGGCUCCGGGAGUCCUCGCCUUCCACCGGCAGCGUGUUUGAGCGACGGAUGGAUGUGGCCCUGUGGUCUAGUAGAGUGGCUGCAGGUGAAGGAAACAGCAAGCGGAUACACUCUGACAGCAUCCAGAGUAAGUCUCCAGACGUGGAGCUGGUGGAGCCAGAGGCAGUGCUGGUGAAGCAGGAGAAGGUGGAGGCAAACAUGUCCCAAGAGACAGAGGAAGAUGUGCCGCUCAUAGGAGAUGAUGGAGUGGUGGAGUGUGUCCCUCGUGGACCUGCAGGACAGAGACCCACCAUUGAACAGCAAGACACCCAGUCCACCACCAGUCAGUCCCGGUCCCAGAUCCAGAGCAGCAGGACGAGGCAUACCGGAAGCAGCAGCAGCAACAGCAGCAGCAGAGGAGUGGAGAAAGAGGAGGAGCCAGAUGUGGUGCUGGUGAAGGUAGAGGAGGUAGAGCCGGCUACGGGAACUCAGAGCCAGACAGGCCUCAGCAUACAAGAGGGGUUGGUGGAGUCGAGCACCGAUGACUACAGAGCAGUUCUACCAUUUGAUGAAAUCACACAGACUUCCACCAAUCAGCUGUCUGACCUGCAGGAGUCUGGGCGUGGCUUCUCAGAGUCUGCAGCACCCCAGUCGACGCCUGUGAUAUCCCUAGACCCCAGCAGUGUAGUGGCAGUCCAGCUGAGAGUACCAGACACCAACACACCAGCCAAUCCCAAAACACAACAACAGCAGAGAUCCAGUACCAACAACCCUCUCAACUCUGAAUACUCUCUGUUUGAACUGGAGACAUUCUUCAACCGCUGGGCCCCUGAUAAUGAGUCUGUAUCAGCCCGCGGUGGCCCUUCAUGUCCUUUCACCACUGACGACUCAGCAGAGUGUGACCAGGAUGGAGUUAUUAUUGUAGAAACUGAAGCACAACCUCAACCUGUGCUUCAGGCACCACAAGGCUCAGUUUCCUCAGCAGUGAGGAUGAGUGGAGGGCAGAGUUGCUCCUCCAUUCAGAUCCAGCCAUCUGUGUCACAAGCCCUGUCAGCGGAACCAUCUGGGUCUAUGCCUCUGAGGAUGCAGGCUCCAUUUUCUCAGCCUCCAUGGAGCAGAAAACCAGUCAUGAUAAGAAACGCACAGGCUCAGCUGCUGCAGCAGCACCACAGCAUUCCCUCCGUACAGACCUCCACACUGUCCUCCACCACAGCUGCUGUCAGUAACACUCACAGUGGUGAUAAAACAACUCUCUCUAGUAUCAGCUCAACCAGCAGGACUAUGAGCUCCACAGUGACUCCCUCUGUCAGGGGAUCCACAGCAGCGUUUCGCAGCGUUGCACUUGCCGCACAGCAUCGAGCCAGCCUUCAGGCUCGUCACAAUGAAAGCCAAGCUGCAAGCAUCAUACCCAGCGAGCGCCGCAGAAAGAGCUACAUCUGCAGAACCUGUGGCAAGGCUUUCUCCGGCCUGUCCAAUCUGGAGUCCCAUGAAAGAGUCCACACGGGGGAGAAACCUUUCCGCUGCGACACCUGUGGAAAACGCUUCUCAGAGGCCGGGAACCUUAAGAAGCACCAGAGAGUUCACACCGGGGAGAAACCCUUCAGCUGUGACCAGUGUGGGAAGAGGUUCGCUUGGAUCUGCAACCUGAGGACGCACCAGCAAUCUGCCACAGGCUGCGGACCGCAAGCCAGAGGAGGGCUGGGACUGGGCUGAUGACAGAGGAGACGGUGGGGGACAGGACUGUUAAUGAUAGUAGUGUUUCAUUCACACACACAGAGGCACAUCGUUGCCAUUUCUUCAUUCUUAAAUAGGGAUACAACAACAAUACGAAGUGUGGAACAGUUACUAUAUUUACUAAUUCUGUCUUUUAUACUUCCACAUGUUUUGUAUCUUUGAUAUAUGAUGAAACACUGUAAGACCAUUAGCUUUCAGUUAAAAGACCAAACCAGUGUUUUUCAUUAGUUACAAAUCAUGUGUCCUUUACAUUUCUACUGGACGAUUACUAAAGUUAAGUUCUUUUUUUGAAGUUUUGAAUGUAUUGUUCCAGGCAGUCACUGCUUUCAUUUAAAGGUCAGGUGUGUAGGAUUUAGUGGGAUUUAGUGGAGUGUAGCAUGUAACAUGUCACGCCCAUCACGCCUCCUUUGCUUUCACGAUGUCAGCAUGCCGUGUAAAAUCACUCUGGAGCAGCACGAUGCUGACAUUGUUGGUUCUGUGUAAAAAUGCAAAGGUGGCAUAAAGAGGGGACUUGGUAGCUGCCCUGAAGUGUGAUCUCUGUUUAUAAAGGGCUGGUGAGGAAUGCAGACUGCAACCAGCUGCAACUUCUCUUGGUUAGAAUUCCUUCACUGUUCAUUGUUCAGGAGGUUUUUACUGGGAGCUGAAUUAUCCACAGAGGUCUCCUUCUCUCCAAAACAAACAGACCUGGUGAUUUAAACAGGUAAAAACACUAAAUAAAUCAGUUUCACAUAAUGAAUUAGUGUUUUUCUGACACUGCUCAUUGCAGAUGGGCUUCUAACUAUGGUAGGUGACGCGAAAACGGGAUAACACAAAUGGCCCUAUCUAGAGACACUGGUUUGUGUCUUCUGGGCCACUGUAGAAACAUGGUGGGGCAACAUGGUGAUCUCCAUAAACGUAGACCUGCUCCCUGUGUAGAUAUAAACAGCAUAUUCUAUGAUGACAAAAACACAUUGGGUCUCAUUCAUGAAACUUGGGCAGAAUGAAUUUGUGUGUAAACUGUUCGCAGAAGAACAUUUACAUGUAUUUUGGCAUUUAGGAGAGAGAACUGUUAAUUUAACACUAGAGUCUGGUGCUGACUGCUCCAGUGGAGGCAUGUCGCUCUCUCCCCUGACAGAGAUGUCUCUCUGAUGAUGCAAGCAAAGCACUCAUCUGCAGCUGUUGGAUUUUUUUGUGUGUGCGUGUAAUAAUGCGUUUUUUUGCAUUAUGUUUCAUAUCGAACCGUUUUCUUUUAAAUUUUUGGAUGGUUCUUAAAACAGAGGACAGAUGUUAGCUCCUUCCAGGCCUUUGAUCUACCUAUCCCUGUCAUACUACUACUAACAGAAAAAAAUAAAAUGUGUCUCUCAACCCCACUUUACCCAAAAUAACUUCACUUGUCGGAAAAGUUUUUCUUCCUCUCUCUCUUUCUUUGUUGGCUCCAUGUUCGCAGGUCAACAGGAUGCACCUAUCUAUAGUAAUCAUCACCUCCAUAUAUGGUGGUCACUGGCUAUUUAUGGGCUGGGAUGUAUGCUAUUUGCUGACUAGAGGGAGCAUGCUGUCAGUUUACAAUUGAUUGGCAUUCAUGAACAUACACAUACAAGUUUUCCAUGGCAUUCGUGAAUUUAGUGUUACUUUUUAGAACCAAGGUUUUUAAUGUGAAAACCUACUUACAGAUUUGCUAACAUUUCAUGAAUGAGACCCAGUGAUUUUUAUUUCAGGUGUUUAUACACUAAAGAAACUACAUGCUGUUAACAUUUCUCCCAGUAUAUCCCCCUAAAUCCUACACACUGGACCUUUAAUGCAGUUAAAGGUGCAGAUGGAGAUGAGGCUCAGCACUGCAGUACCACGCAACAGCUGACCUGUACAACAACAAUCAGACAUGAUGUUCACUGUGAUUCAUUUGAUUUUUCAAGUGUCUGCAAGUUGAUUUUCAUGUUCUACAGAAAUAAAGUGAGACUGAGGGCUGCCUG